AUGACCAUUAUAAAAUGUUCAAAUAUUGAAACAAAUAUGUUCAAUUACAUUGAGGUAUGUCAAGCAGCAUUAAACAAUAGUCAAUCAAUAUCAUCUGGUUCAUCUAUAAGUGUAAUUGGAUUUGUUGGUAGACCACCCAUCUCAUUUGAUCUUAUAAUAGAUCCAUUUUUUUCCUCAUCAUCACCUUUAAUAAGUAUUCCUGCAAUUCAUGGUAAAACACCAGAAAAUUUUCUUUUAAAUAAUAAAUUCAUGAAUUGUACUGGACAAUUACGAUUAACUGAUAGUCGAAAGUUGUUUAUAGAUACUCCAUCAACUUAUGGUUUCAGUGGUGGUCCUUGCUUUUUAUCAUCAAAUAGAAAUCAAUGGGAAUUUAUUGGUAUAUUAACAGGAGCAUCGAAAUUAUGGAACACAUGUACAUCAUUACAACAUUCAACUAUCUUCAAUUAUUAUUAUAAUGAAAUACUUCUAAAUAAAGUCGAAGAAAAUGUAUAUAAAAAUGAUUUGUAA